AUGGCGUCUCGUCCCGAGCUGAAGGUCGACGAUGAGGUCGGAUUUAUUAAAUUCUUCCGUUCAUUGAAUGCCGAAGAUGAGUCUACAGUGCGCGUGUUUGAUCGUGGUGACUGGUACACUGCCCACGGCGCAGAUGCAGAGUACAUUGCUCGCACAGUCUACAAGACUACAUCUGUGAUACGGACGCUGGGACGAAGCGACAGCGGGUUGGCAUCGGUGACAUUGUCAAUCACUGUCUUUCGAUCCUUUCUACGAGAAGCCCUUUUUCGUCUAAAUAAGCGAGUGCAAAUAUGGUCGUCACAAAACGGUGCUUCAGGAAGGGGCUGGAAGCUGGCAAAGCAAGCCAGCCCAGGAAACUUGCAGGAUGUGGAGGAGGAGCUAGGAGGAGCUUCUGGAGGAAAUGCAAUGGACACUGCACCUAUCAUUCUUGCUGUGAAGGCUGCCACAAAGGCCAAAGAGAUGAGACAUGUUGGCGUAUGCUUUGCGGAUGCGAGUGUACGCGAACUGGGGGUCAGCGAGUUCGUUGAUAAUGACCUCUACUCCAAUUUCGAGUCGCUACUUAUCCAGCUCGGAGUAAAGGAGUGUUUGAUACCUGCUGAGGGACAGAAGAAGGACGUUGAGCUAGCAAAGCUAAGACAGAUUGCUGACAGCUGCGGAGUGGCUAUUACAGAACGGCCGGCCGGUGCCUUUGGGACCAAGGACAUUGAGCAGGACUUAUCAAGACUGCUGAAGGAUGAGACUGGACCUGCUAUGCUACCACAAACAGACCUUAAGUUGGCUAUGGGCUCUGCUUCUGCUUUGAUCAGCUACCUCAACUCAAUGUCCGACCCUUCCAACUUCGGCCAAUAUCAGCUCUAUAAGCAUGACUUGGCACAGUACAUGAAGCUUGAUGCAUCUGCGCUCAGGGCAUUGAACCUCAUGCCUGGACCUCGGGAUAGCAUGAAGAACAUGAGUCUCUAUGGGCUACUAAAUCACUGCAAGACGCCUGUUGGAGGCCGGUUGUUGGCCCAAUGGCUGAAGCAACCACUGAUGAAUCACAAGGAUAUUGAGAAACGGCAGCAGCUAGUCGAGGCCUUUGUCACAGACACCGAGUUGAGACAGACCAUGCAGGAGAAUCAUCUUCGAUCCAUACCUGAUCUAUAUAGACUGGCCAAACGUUUCCAGCGUGGCAAAGCCAAUUUGGAGGAUGUUGUUCGUGUCUAUCAAGUGGUCAUUCGUAUACCGGGUUUCAUUAAUUCGUUCGAGGGGGUGAUGGAUGAGCAGUAUCAAACACCACUGGAUGCAGAAUAUACCGAUAAGCUGCGAAAACUCUCACAAGAUUUAGGGAAACUAGCUGAGAUGGUUGAGACGACGGUCGACCUAGAGGCUUUGGACAACCAUGAGUUCAUCAUCAAGCCCGAGUUUGACGAUAGUCUACGGAUAAUCAGGAAGAAACUUGACAAGUUGAGACAUGAUAUGGACUCCGAACAUAGGAGAGUUGGCCGGGAUCUUGGCCAGGACACGGAGAAGAAACUUUUCCUUGAAAAUCAUAGAGUGCAUGGCUGGUGCUUCAGGUUGACUCGAAAUGAAGCUGGGUGUAUUCGCAAUAAGCGAGAGUACCAGGAGUGCUCAACGCAGAAGAAUGGAGUAUACUUCACGACAUCAACCAUGCAGGCACUACGACGAGAGCACGACCAGCUCUCAAUGAACUAUAACCGGACACAGACCGGGCUUGUCGGCGAGGUUGUCAACGUUGCAGCCUCCUAUUGCCCCUUACUCGAGCAGCUAGCUGGAAUCCUGGCACAUCUUGACGUAAUAGUGAGCUUUGCUCAUGUAUCAGCACACGCACCAACGGCAUAUGUGAGGCCCAAAAUUCACCCGCGAGGAACGGGCAAUACCAUCCUCAAGGAAGCGCGUCAUCCUUGCAUGGAAAUGCAGGAUGAUAUCACUUUCAUCACCAACGAUGUCUCUUUGAUCAGAGACGAAUCCUCCUUUUUGAUCAUCACGGGUCCCAACAUGGGUGGCAAGUCUACCUACAUUAGACAGAUAGGAGUCAUUGCACUCAUGGCACAGACCGGAUGUUUUGUUCCCUGUUCAGAGGCAGAACUCACGAUCUUUGACAGCAUCCUGGCCCGAGUCGGUGCCAGUGACUCUCAGCUAAAGGGAGUAUCAACCUUCAUGGCAGAGAUGCUUGAGACCGCGAAUAUUCUGAAGUCAGCAACUUCUGAAUCUCUAAUCAUAAUUGAUGAGCUGGGCCGAGGAACAAGCACGUAUGAUGGCUUUGGUCUUGCAUGGGCGAUCUCAGAACACAUCGUGACGGAGAUUAAAUGUUUCAGCUUAUUUGCUACGCAUUUCCAUGAGCUCACGGCGCUGGAGGAACGGUACCCCAAGGCCGUGAGCAAUCUGCAUGUGGUAGCAUUCAUCGGCGACGGACCAGCGGCAGAAGGGAAGCAGAAAAAGAAUCAAGAAGUCACGCUGCUAUACCGAGUCGAACCAGGAGUCUGUGACCAGUCCUUUGGCAUCCACGUUGCGGAGCUGGUCAGAUUCCCGGACAAGGUGGUCAACAUGGCUCGUCAGAAGGCAGAGGAGCUUGAGGACUUUACCUCCUCUGGAGCUGAUGGUGACAGGAAGCAAAAGACCGCAGCGGCGGUGGAGAAGUUCACUGCUGAGGAGGUUGCGGAGGGCAAUGCGCUGUUGAAGGCGAUGCUGGUCAAGUGGAAGGCGGAAGUCGAGGCUCCUGGUAACGAGAAGAUGAGCGUGGAGGAGAAGAAGCAGCGGCUACGGGAGCUUGUUGCAGCGGAUGAGAAGCUGCAGGCCAACAAGGUGUUUUUGGAUAUCAAGGCUUUAUAA